CACGGGUCCGUGCUGAUGGCAGGCAGCUACCUGUCAACAAUCUAGGCAUUGCCGAAAUCAGUCUGUGUGACUCCUUUUCGUCUGCUUAAAUCAGAUACCUGGAACUGUCACACAGACAAUAUUGUUGCAGGUCCUUUUGGUGCAGCCAAACAAGGUUGCAGUGUUAUGGAUGAACCAUGAAGGCCCAAUUGCAAGUCACAGUGCUUUCAGCCAGGCUGAAGGAAAACAAAAAGAACUGGUUUGGUCCCAGUCCGUAUGUUGAGGUAGCUGUGGAUGGCCAGUCAAAGAGGACUGAGAAGUGCAACAACACGCACAGUCCCAAAUGGAAGCAGGCUCUCACAGUAAUUGUGACUCCGGUGAGCAAGCUGAUCUUCCGUGUUUGGAGCCACCAGACACUGAAGGCAGACAUCCUGUUGGGAAUGGCCACUCUGGAGAUCCUUGAAACCCUUAAAUCUAAUGACCUGAAAUUGUGUGAGGUGGUGCAGACACUGCAGCUGUGCUCAGACAGAGACCCCCAGGAUAUUGUAGGUGACCUGUCAGUCUGCCUGGAUGGCAUGCAGGUGGAUCCCGAAACACUGGCCCCGGCAGAGAGGGAAUAUGCUGCUGUUCCAAAUGGAAAUGCGAAACAAAAUGGAGACGCAGGCAACAGGUCAAGCAGAGACACGUCUCCCUCCAGUGACUCAGAGGAGUGGGUCAUUGUACCUAAUGGUCACGCUGUCAAUGGUACGGCUUCUCCUUCCCGGUCUCCAGGGGGCUCCACUGCCUCACGUCCUCCUAGACCAACCCGACCUCCCCCUCCAACGCCGCGUAGACCUGCAGCCUCACCAACCUCUUCCAGCAGUUCCUCCCCCAGUGAGCUGAGUGAAGGCCCAGCUUCCGAUGGCUCCUCUCAGGUGUCUGCCAGUGGGUGUUCAGAUCAGCAGGAGGAAUCAGGUGCAGCGGCCACAAGUUCCUCGCAGACAGCCUGUGGCCCCAAACCAGGGGCAUCUGCCUCAGCAGCUUUGGCCACAGCAACUCCAAGGAUCGCACCCAUGAACGGUCCUUUGCCACCAGGGUGGGAGCAAAGGGUGGACCAAAAUGGACGGGUAUACUAUGUGGAUCACAUUGAGAAAAGGACAACCUGGGACAGGCCUGAGCCUCUGCCUACAGGGUGGGAGCGCAGGGUGGACCCAAUGGGUAGGGUGUACUAUGUCGAUCACAUAACCCGAACUACUACGUGGCAACGUCCCACACAGGAGUCAGUGCGUAACUAUGAGGAGUGGCAGCACCAGCGCAGCCAGCUGCAGGGAGCCAUGCAACAGUUUAACCAGAGGUUCAUUUAUGGGCUCCAAGACCAGUUUGCAGCUACAUCCAAUAAGGAGUUUGACCCUCUGGGACCUCUGCCACAGGGUUGGGAAAAGAGAACAGACACCAAUGGCAGAGUGUAUUUUGUUCAUCAUCCAACUCGGACAACACAGUGGGAGGACCCCAGGAGGCAGGGGCUGCUGAAUGAUAAACCGCUGCCAGAGGGUUGGGAGAUGAGGUUUACUGUGGACGGUAUUCCAUACUUUGUAGACCACAACAGGCGAACCACUACCUACAUUGACCCUCGCACUGGAAAAUCUUCACUUGAGAAUGGGCCACAGAUAACCUAUGUCAGGGACUUCAAAGCCAAAGUGCAAUACUUCCGGUUCUGGUGUCAGCAAAUGUCGAUGGCUCAGCACAUUAAGAUUACAGUCUCUCGGAAGACCUUGUUUGAGGAUUCAUUCCAACAGAUCAUGAGCUUCCACCCUCAAGACCUUAGGCGAAGACUGUGGAUCAUUUUCCCUGGAGAGGAGGGCUUGGAUUAUGGAGGUGUGGCCAGGGAAUGGUUCUUCUUGCUGUCUCAUGAGGUCCUGAACCCCAUGUACUGUUUGUUUGAGUAUGCUGGAAAGGACAACUACUGUCUGCAAAUCAACCCCGCCUCUUACAUCAACCCUGAUCACCUCAAGUACUUCAAGUUCAUAGGACGCUUCAUUGCCAUGGCCUUGUUCCAUGGCAAAUUCAUCGACACAGGUUUCUCCCUGCCCUUCUACAAGCGUAUCCUGAACAAACCUCUUGCUCUCAAAGACCUGGAGUCCAUAGAUCCAGAGUUUUACAACUCACUCAUAUGGAUCAAGGACAAUAACAUAGAGGAAUGUGGUCUGGAGAUGUACUUUUCAGUCGACAAGGAGAUCCUGGGGGAGGUCACCACCCAUGAGCUGAAACCAGAUGGAGGGAACAUCCAAGUAACAGAGGAAAACAAGGAGGAAUACAUCAGGUUGGUGGCUGAGUGGAGGCUGUCUAGAGGUGUGGAGGAGCAGACUCAGGCAUUUUUUGAGGGCUUCAAUGAAGUUCUGCCCCAGCAAUACCUUCAGUACUUUGAUGCUAAGGAAUUAGAGGUGAUGCUGUGUGGUAUGCAGGAGAUAGACCUGGUGGAUUGGCAAAGAAACACAAUCUACAGACAUUAUGCCCGAAGUAGCAAGCAGAUCCUCUGGUUCUGGCAGUUUGUGAAGGAGAUGGACAACGAGAAGAGGAUGAGACUGCUGCAGUUUGUCACAGGAACCUGCCGUCUUCCUGUGGGUGGCUUCGCUGACCUGAUGGGAAGCAACGGCCCCCAAAAGUUCUGCAUUGAGAAAGUGGGAAAAGACAACUGGCUUCCACGAAGCCACACAUGCUUUAAUCGUCUAGACCUCCCUCCUUACAAGAGCUAUGAGCAGCUGAAGGAGAAGCUCAUGUUUGCCAUAGAAGAAACAGAAGGGUUUGGGCAGGAGUAAUGUAAGAGCAGGAGCUGAUGGGAUGGUGGAACAGUGGGCUUGGAGGAACCAUAUCCCUUUCAGACAAGAGCACUUUCCAACAGAUUCUCCGUGCAGCCAGGAGCUGCUUAUAAACUGGUAUAUGGACAUACUAAUUUUUAUUUUCUGUCAUAUUAUCAUAUGCAACUACUGUUUCUAAGCUCUUUAGUUAAAUAGAUUCAUUUAAUCAAUUCAUUUGCUCCACAAGAAACCUGUGAAUCCUCCUCACAUCGUUUCAUUUCUCAUGCAUAUGAUCAGUUGCCACCUAAUCCAGAUGAUUUCACUUAGUCCUGCUCAUUCCACUAACGAGCCGUGGAGGCAGAAAAGACACCUUUCUCACUCUGUCAUGUCUGCACACGCUGUGCAUUGCGCAAGUGCAGUUUCUACACGUAAAUCUGUUAUCUGUGAAUCUUUGCAGUAGUAACUUCUUUCCAGUCUAUGCAGGAUGGACAGUUCCAGAGGACAGAACCGUAUUUGUGUGUUUAGAUUUAAAAUAAAAAAAGAGUCAUAUCUAAAAGCAGCUUACAAGGCAUACAUACAUAUGGUUUGGGUCUUUCAGGCUCAGCUUUUAUUUUUCUUUUGUUGAAAGGAUAGAUGAAUGGAUGGAUGAUUUUCUUUUCUUUUCCAACAGCUGAUUGACUGGACUGACUCCCAUAGCACAUACACAGUUCCUUUAAUAACUUUGAUAAAUACAAUCAUGCUAAUUGUAAUAAUAAUGUCUCUUAUUUUGACAGGUUGAUUUCUUUACUUAAAAAUGAGUUGAAACCUUGAACAUAGCUAUGAAAGCAGUAAGGCGGCUGUGAUUGUUCUAAAGAGAGGUUGUAUUUUUAUGUGCAAUAGUUUUGUAGAAAACAUUUUUGCCUGUAAUAGAGCCAAACAGUGAUUUGUUUGAUCAUUUUUAUAGCACUUUGGUAAGUUUCAGCAUUUACUAUUGAUUUAAAUUCCCAAUAUAAAGGAGAGAACAUUUGCAUAUUUGCAAGUAUACUGUAUAUGGUGAAACUUGUUGGGUGUGAGUUGGUUUGACAAACUUGGCCUUCCCAAAACGGUCUGUUCUGUAUGUAAUAUCAGCCUAUUUGACCAUGGAUAGACACUUCCUUUAUGAGUAAGCGAGACUCAAAGUGUGAAGUAUUUCUGAAAUUUCUUGACAACUAUGAGCUGUUACUGAUGACGUGGGAGCAUUAGGAUGUAUUGUGUAAUAGAAUGAAAUUUGUUGAAUAAUGACGUAUUCCCACUGAAUGGUCACCAGUUCUCUGGAAUUAAGUGUUAUCUUAGAUCAUUAAUGAAGAUACUGAAUCCUAACUGUUUAAUCUGUGAAGUGACUAAUGCAGUUUAUGUAAAUACACUUACAAAGCAGAAAAAUGUGUUUAAUAUCUUAAUACAUGUUAUUCACCCAAGCAGUGGACCCCCUUGAGUUGCAGGUUUGAACUGAGAAUUAAGAUUUGAAUUAAUGUGAUAGAUAUUGGCCCUAGUUUUAUAGGGUGUUAGGUAUUCAGAUUUCUACAGUAAUAGUGUAAUCCAUAUCUUUUCCCAAAAUAGCCCCUCUAAUGUCAAACUAAUUUUUGUUUCUUUUUUUUUUCAUUUUAAGAAAAUGACUAUGGAACCGAACUACCAAAGGAUUUUACUUAAUUGUUUUUUAUAAACCAUUUGACUUGAAAAUCUGAGUCACCAAGUGUAACCAGUUCUUAAUUCCCCCAAAAUGAUUACACAUUUUGCACAAGUUAUCGUUGACCUGAUAAUUCCCCUUUAUUUUACCCACUGUAAAGCAUGAAAAGCUAAACAAAGCGGUGGCUCUGUUAUCUCAAUUUUACAAAAAGAGUUUGAACAAAAUUUCGGUAAUAUUUUAUCAUUGAAAAUGAAUGCUGAUUUGUAUUUUAAAGCAGUUUUAAGGAAACCAAGUCUUAAUCUUUCUUAGAAAUGUUUUACCUUUAUCACUGUGGAUUUGAAAUUUUUCCUGAACCGGCCACUCACAAAAAUGAAUUCACAGUCUUACACAGUAUUAACCUGUGUUCUUACUGUGUAUUUCUAUGAGGUCUAGUUGCUGAAUAUGAGCAGAGCCAAAUUAAUAAAUUGUAACGUGAUAUUUCAACCUCAAGCUCUGUUGUGUGUGCAUAGGUGGCAUGGUACAUCAUUACAUGAAGGAAUUUCAAUAUGUAUCCCAGGUCACUGAAAAAUUGUAAUUACAGUUUAAAUUUCAGAAAGUUCCCUUAAGCUCCCAGCAAAAUAUAAAAGAAAGAUUUUUUUUCUUAUGAAUUUUCACAAAUGUGAACUAUGUGGUGGCCGUCAUUUCAGAAUGAUGAUACUAUACAGGGAAAAAAAAUGCUGGUUCUCUUAAGCUCUCCCUCACUGAACUGACAUGUUUAUCAGUCAAUACCCAUUACUACUUUAUACUUGUGUCAGGUGUUUCACAUUAUCUCACAUGUGUUCCCUUACUGGCAGUAAUUCAAUACACACGCAUACACCUACAAUUCUCAGUGUGUAGCUACUGGUGUGCAAACUUGUGAAGAGAUUAUUAUUGUAAAAACUAAAACCCUGAUUAAGCAGGUUUUGUUAUUAAAAUGUUGACUGUUGAAUAUAUUAACAGAUUACAACUAAUGAUAUAGCACCUUGAGACUCCAGACUGGUGGAAUUAACCACUUCACUGUUUAACCACUGCUGUUCUCCAGAUCAUUGGGCAGUUAAAUGUAUAGAAAUAUGCAAAAAUAGUGUUGUACUGAUUUCAUUGUAAAUCAUGUUGAUAGUGUAAUCACUGUGGUUUUUUUUUUUUUUUUUUUGGAAUCUCUCACUUUUUUGAUAAGUGGAAGUCAGUGGUUGAAUACUAUUUAUUUGGAGAAUGGGUUUCAUGUAACAAUGAACUGGACUGAUUGAGAAAAAAAAUGUAAUAAAAUGAUUUUAACACUGG